GCCGGGCCGGGCGGUGGCGGCGCGCGGGGAUGGAGCGGCCGCCGCUCGGCCGGAAUUUUUGCUUAGAGCUCUGGAGGAGGAGUCUUCCCUUUCCACUGGCUUCCCCAGCACGUUUACUGGUGUGGCGUGUUCUCCCCAGGUGGUUCUGUAGCUGUCUGCCAGUGAGAGCUGGGUUUUGGCACCUGAAUUCACCAAGUGCAAGGUGUUUCUCAGGUCCUUCUCCUCUACAAAGAAGCUUUGUUGCCAAGAUUUACUCUGAAAAUGACCUACAGUACCUACUGCAGAUGCCUGCAAGUGUAGAAGCUGAUAAAUCAUAUCUUCUUCCCUCCCCUGACUUUCCUGUUUCCUCUGGAAUUUAUACUUCUAAAUUUUUUUAAAGUUAGACGUCUGUUGAUGACAUUUGGAUUACAACUGUGAGCAUACCUAUGCAAAGAGACACAAGCUACCCUGAGCACUUUUGAGUUCUGUUCAGUGGAGGGACUGCUGUGGGUCAGCCAUGCUAAAGGGCAAAUGAUGGAGCUCUGAACCGGGUGCUUCAGCAGAUCAGAGUGCCACCCAAAAUGAAGAGAGGGACCAGCCUGCACAGCAGGUGGGGCAAGGGAGAUGCCCCGAAAGGAAGCCCGCAGAUCAACAGAAGGUCUGCUCAGGAUAUUCAGUCGGGUCGGCCCAGAUCAUCAUCCACUACAGAUGCUCCCACAAACUUGUCUGUGAUGGAGAUUGCUUCUUCUAUCUAUGUAGGUGGAGAAGAGGCCACAGCAGCAGCAAUUGAGCGAUUGGAAGUCAGCAGCUUGGCGCAGACCUCCAGUGCCGUGGCCUCCAGCACUGAUGGCAGCAUCAAUGCAGACUCUGUUGAUGGGACCCCAGAUCCGCAGCGGACAAAAGUGGCCAUCACACACCUGCAGCAGAAGAUACUGAAGCUGACAGAGCAGAUCAAAAUUGAGCAAACAGCCCGUGACGACAACGUGGCAGAGUACCUGAAAUUGGCCAACAAUGCAGACAAGCAGCAGAGUGCCCGCAUUAAGCAAGUGUUCGAGAAGAAAAAUCAAAAGUCAGCCCAGACCAUCUUGCAGCUGCAGAAGAAAUUGGAACAUUACCAUCGAAAGCUGCGAGAGAUUGAACAGAAUGGGAUCCCUCGGCAGCCAAAGGAUGUCUUCAGAGAUAUGCAUCAGGGUUUGAAAGAUGUUGGAGCAAAAGUCACUGGCUUCAGUGAGGGAGUGGUUGACAGUGUAAAAGGCGGACUUUCCAGUUUCUCCCAGGCCACACAUUCAGCAGCAGGAGCUGUGGUUUCCAAACCCCGGGAGAUUGCCUCCCUCAUAAGGAACAAGUUUGGGAGUGCAGACAAUAUUGCUAAUCUGAAAGACUCCUUAGAAGAAGGCCAGGAAGAUGGGACAGGUGGCAAGGCUCUAGGUGUUAUUCAGAACUUUCAGUCAAGCCCAAAAUAUGGCAGUGAAGAGGAUUGUUCCAGUGCCACAUCAGGCUCAGUGGGAGCCAACAGUACAACAGGGGGCCCUGUGGGAGCUUCCAGCUCCAAAACAAAUACUCUGGAUAUGCAGAGCUCAGGGUUUGAUGCAAUACUGCAUGAGAUACAAGAAAUUCGAGAGACACAGGCAAGACUGGAAGAAUCAUUUGAGGACCUUAAGGUUCGCUACCAGAGGGAUUACACGUUGAUAAUGCAGACCCUGCAGGAGGAGCGGUACAGAUGUGAAAGACUUGAAGAGCAGUUAAAUGACCUGACUGAGCUCCACCAGAACGAGAUUCUCAAUUUAAAACAGGAGCUGGCCAGCAUGGAGGAAAAGAUUGCCUAUCAGUCUUACGAGCGAGCCCGGGACAUCCAGGAGGCACUGGAAGCAUGCCAGACGCGCAUCUCCAAGAUGGAGCUGCAGCAGCAGCAGCAGCAAGUGGUGCAGUUGGAGGGGCUGGAGAAUGCCACAGCCAGGAACCUACUGGGGAAGUUCAUCAACAUCUUGCUGGCUGUCAUGGCUGUUCUCCUUGUCUUUGUCUCCACUGUGGCCAACUGCGUUGUGCCCCUGAUGAAGACUCGCAAUAGGACGUUCAGCACUUUAUUUAUAGUGGUUUUCAUUGCCUUUUUGUGGAAGCACUGGGAUGCCAUCACCGGCUACUUGGAACGAUUCUUGUCUCCCCCCAGAUGAUGGUGGCAGGAAUGGGCUGCGCCGCUCGCUCCUGGCGCUCUUGGUGAGCAAGUGUGGCAAAGAUUAGUCAGCGACUACUCUGCUGAAGUUUUAAAGUGUCCGAGUGAAUUUGUUUACAUUUAGAAUAACGUUUUUUCUCUGCAAGAUGCAUUGCAAUAGUAUUUUUUAGAUUUUACUCAAGAACUCUUUUGACGAGAAUCCUGGAUAAUUUUUAUGUAGCAUGGUUCUCUUUGGAUGCAAAUCUUAAGAUUCUUUAAAGUGUACAAAAGAAAUGAAUAAAAUACAGAAAUUUGGAGCAUACCAAUGGGCAGUUUAAAUUGUGGCUUGAACUACUGUACUAAACCUGUCAGGAAGAAGAGAACGUGGUUAGCUUAAGAUGAGCAAAGCUCGAUCUAGUGCACAGCCUUGAAUGAUGGUACCACAGCAAACCUGUAACACUAAACUUUUACUGUGAAGUCUGCUCACAUUCCAUGUCCGAGUGUAUGCAUUGAGUGGUUUCUUUCCUUAACAAGAGAAAAACAACAACGUGUGGAUCCCUCUCCCAGCUCAGCAUCUGGGUUCGCCGUUUGUGUUAACCUGACUUCAGUAACUUUCUGUAAGGCUGGCUAACUUGGCUGAGUAUAUGGAGUGGAAGCCUCAUGCCAUAUACAGUAACUGCACAGUUGUGCUACAGUAUUUUGAAGUAGUCCUUGAAAUACAUAUACUCUUUAAGCAGAAGCCCUUGGUCGCACUUUUAAGGUUUUUUUUUAAUAUAUAUAUAUAUUCACAGAUUUAAAAAAAAUCCGAACAGCAUACUUGAAGAGUGUAAUACUCAAACUCUCAGUGCUUCCUUAUUGUUUCUAAUAGGAUUUUUUAUUAUAAUUAUUAUUAUUAUUAUUGGGGUUUUUUUUUGAAGGGGUUGGGAGGGUCAUUACUUUUUUUCUUUCAAAUAAAGAAGUGAUGUUUUUAAAUGAAGAAAUGCGUGAAUAAUUGUGAGCUGUCUUGUCCUGAAGCAGUUCUGAGAAGGGCAGAGAGUAGUUUCUAGUGUCAGGCUGUCAAAUGCAGCACUGUCCAUAUGCCAUUUGUCUGUCCUUCUGAGCUUAAAGAUGCAGCAUCAUGGAAAACAUCUGUUUUCUCCACACCUUUUUGUCAUGCAGGGCUUUUUUUCCUUUUUCCACAUGUGAAGGAUGCUAUGUUUGUAUUUUUUGUUUGCAUGUCAUCUCUCAUUCCUGGCCUCAGGAUAAGAGCAAGGAAUUUCUGUUCAUCUCUUCCUAGGGAAAAGACAGGGUCUUUCGAGGAAAGAAAUACUGACUCAACAGUUCACUUAACAGAAUGGUUAUCUCAAAAAUAAUUCUAAUUAAAAAAAAAAAAAAAAACCCUGAAAAGUGAAACCAAAGUUUUCCUCCUGUCAGGUUCUGGUAAGAUUAUUUGUGUGUCUGUAUCUGUGGUGUGCCAUCCUCUUUUUCAGCCACAGGGGACAGCACUUGGUGCAGACGCCUGUGCAAAUCUCGAAAGGAAAUGCCAGCUUCAAAUGCAGCCCCAAGUCUUCACAAUGUGCCAUUACUGGUGACCUGUUGGUACAGGUAGGCAGCCCUCAAGUCCAAGGAGUCUGUGUUCAUUCUGUGCUGAUUUUUAACUGCUGUCCCUUUCACCAUAACAGUGCCAAGAUUCAUCUUUUGUCUUCAUGAAAUCUAAAAAAACCCCUCCAGGAUUUUGUCAAAACCAUUUAUGGUGUUUAGUUAGGUCUUACUGUUUUCUUUCAUUCCAGGAUCAACUUCCCUCUAGGAAUCAAAUGCUGCCCAAGUGACCUAAACCAGUUGAAAACAUACAUGGGCAUAUAUGAGACAUGUACAACAUACAUACACACACACAUAGAUAGGCAUUGUGCUAUGAUACAGAUUCUGGGUUCUGAGAAAUUCCCUCAAACAAGGUUAAUACCUUGAGUGUUUUCUGAUUGCCAGCAAAGGCAAGCCCUCCACUGUCCAACCAUCUUUGUUCCUCCAAGGGUUCUUUUUAUCUGUAGUCACAGGAAACUCAGGUGCCCUUCCCCCAGGGAUCCCAGUACACCUCUCUGUCACCAUGUGCACUAAUCUGCUCCUGUCCUAAUUAAAACAAAGAUUGACAUUUACAGCUGACUCAAGCCAAAACUGCUUGUGCUUUCUGCAGUGCCACAGCCAGAGCAGAGGUGUGUGGUCAUUCCCUCCCUUGCUCCUGGCUCCGGUGAGGCUCUUCUCUAGUGACUCACAUUUCUUGGCUAACUAUCAUCUUGCCAUUUUGCAGGUUUUGUCAGAAACAAAUGUGUGAAUAACAGUAAGAACUGAUUUGGCACAUAACUGAAAUACUUUGUUGCCUUUUUUUUCCUGAAACCUGGCCUUUGUACCUCUUUUUCUCAGUCUUGUUCACACUACAAUUGCUUAAGAUAGGUUUUCAUGUGGUCAAAUCAGGAAGGAGUUAAAAGCCAGUGGCUCUGGACACUCAGUGUCUUUAGUAUUUAAGGAAGUGUUGUCUCUCUUCUUUAUAUCCUAAUUUCAUUUCUUUUCUCAACUCUGUCAUAUUCAGUAAAUAUCAUUUGCUAGCUUGCCAGAAGGUGCAGGCUUAAUAGAAACUGACAUCUCAGAACUCUUUGGUGAAGGCCAUAUACAUAUGGGUCUGGACAAAGUGUCUGUCUUUUUCUCUCUCAACAGUUUCUUCCAUUCCAGAAAGUUGUCUGCAGUAACGUCAUGUAUGAUGCUGCAUCCACUUCUCAUAUCCUAACACAACUGCCAUGUGUUUUGCCUUUUGCACUAGCAGAACAUUUGGGGGUUUUCCUCCCUCUUCAAUUUGAAAGUCUGUGAUGAUUUCUGAUAGCUUACUGAUGAUGUUGUUGGAAAUGUGAUUCUAGCUUUAAAGCUCCCUUUCCUUGUACAUGGUUGUGUUUGCUUUCCUGAUGGAGUGUUUCUGGGUGACGCGUAGAGAACAGUUUCUGCUGUGGAUGUGAGUGCGUGCGUGAGUACCUUUAAUAGCCUCCUUUGUAGAGAAAAACUUUUUAGUGACCAUCUCUGAGUUGCAGAAUGUUUCCCAAAUCAUUUCAUAUUCGGAGCUGAAGUGAUUCAGAAAUUGCUUAGAUGUGUUUAGCACAUACUGCCUUGGCACAUAAAAAGGGAAAAACAUAAUGGACUGUGUAAGUUCCAGGAGCAGCACCUCCUCAUUAACAUUUGAGGGUCCAAGUGAAGUUCAUCUGUUUCCCCUAUUUCCUUCAAUAUAAAGAAGAAAGAAAAUCUGGAUGCAAAAAAAAAUACUUUUAAAACUUUUAUAAAGUUCUUUUUUCUCUCAGCCUCAUUAGUUUAUUUCAAGGGUAUUCAGCAUGCUCCCAGCAGUUACUCUGUUGGUUUAUUCCAAUCCCAUGUGUGCUUAGGUGGGAUCAGAUGAACUGCUGACUUAUGUGCGUGUUACAGGAAAGCACUGUCAGCUUUGAAAAUACGCAUUUUUAAAAUUAAAAAAAAGGCAUUAUAACAAGCCAAGCUACAAAUGGUUCAAGAUUGAGUAGUUUUGCCAGUUUUUAAAUGAAUUCUGGAAGUGGCUAAAGAGUUACCCUGUGUGUCUGUGUUGUGUAUGCCAGGCGGUAUAGUUGUAGGCAAUUGACUUAGCUGUAAGUGUGUUUUAAAAGUGUAAAAAAAUAAACAGAAAAACUCACUUGCACGGGUUGAAAAGUACAGAAAUGACACUUGUGAACGUAACACUGUAGUUUAUAGAUCUUAAGCUGCUAAUUGUUGAGAGAGAUUUACAUAUGUCUUGUCUGAUUGUCGCAGAUUUAUCUGUGGCAAUUUUACUGUAUAUAAAAAACUUUAAAUAAAGACCUCAGCUAUUAA